AUGACCGGAAGCGAACAUGAGUGGGCCGGUGGUUUCCGUUCGGAGCUGCGUUCGAUCGGAGACCGAGGAGACGAAAUUUGCCGACUAGCCGUGGGUUUGGAUGCCGCUCCUCUCGCACAGUGUGCCUUCGACGAGCACAUCGACGAUCUUGCUUCCGGUGGCAAGCGACGCAACUUUCUGUGCCUCUGCCCGCGCGCAUGUCCCCUUGCCGACGACAACGAGGCUGCGAGGUACUCCUCCCAGGCCAUGUACGCCGUCACGGUAUGGGAGUGGGCCUUGGGUCUGCCAAGAGAAUGGCGCUUUAUCUGGAAGACUCGGUGGACACCGGUCAAGGUCGCAUACCUGUUCUGUCGGUUAGUUGCCGAAAUUAAACGCCGAUGGGUCGCCGACACUAACGGCACGGAUUCUAGUUAUUGGGUCAUGGCUGUCGCCCCAUACCUCCUGUGGGCGUUUUGCACAAACCACACUCUGGAGGAGUGUGAACGGGUCUUCAGGAUACCUGUCGCACUGGCCAUGUGGAACCAGAUUGCCGCCGAGGUCAUCCUGCUCAUCAGGACGUACGCCUUCUUCAACCGAAAUAACUACAUCCUCGCACUCCUGGUCUUAGCUCUUGCGGGUGUGGUAGCGUACCAGCUCUACGUGGAUACCUCUCAGAUGCUCUUGCUGCCCUUCAUGACUCCUCCUUACACAACCGGUCCUUGUCUCCCCAUGUCUAAGCCGCACUCAGCCGACUUACUAGGAUUUUUUAUUGCGCCGUUGCUGUAUGACACUCUGGUUACAGCAAUGACAGUCAUAAAGGCUGUUACGAUCCGCCGCCGGAGCGGCGCCGCCAGCAGUCGACUUAUUCAAACCUUCUUGCGCGAGGGUGUCUUUUAUUACAUCUUGAUCUCCAUUGCGAACCUCAUCAAUGGCAUAUUCUACCUCCAGCCGCGUCAGUCGAUCUCUGCGAUUUGCAUCCCGCUGAGCGUAAUGCUCUCUCCGGUACUUGCCUGUCGCCUCAUUCUUGAUCUCCGCGAGCGUGGGUCACAAACGGUCGCCCAGUCAACCGGGACGAUGGCUUUCACCGCGGGUCCUACAGCUUCACAGAAGUCGAGCCCUGAUUCGCCGUUCUCUGGUUUUGGGUUUGGAGGUAUCCGCAGUUCCAAUUCUCGGACUCUCACGCGACAACAGGGGGUGUUACUCAGCACCAUGGGAAGCAUCCCCGGCGACGGCAUGGCUUGCGCGAGUGGGCUGGAGCUAGAUAAUCUGGAGGAGCUCGAGGCCGCGAAGAACAGCGACUUAGAGAGUGCUUUCCACGACGACGAUCGACUGGGAAGUGCAAUUACCGGGAUAAGGAUCGAUGUAGAGAAGACCACAAUGUAGACGGUAGGCACAUUGGCGAUGGCGCGCAAAUGUAGCUGAUAGUCCGUUUAGUAUUGUUGAAGAACGGACGCCUCCUCAAAGGCACAACCUGUACCAGUAUUAGCGUGCUAUUCGCAGGCUCUGCUUUCGAGCUUUCGAACGUGCGCAGCGCACAGUACGUCCUGUUGUUGCCUCCAGUAUACCGUUGGCAUUUUAGUAGAUUCUUGUUCUUUGUAUGUACUGCAUGGCAUUAGCAACAACUGAACAACUGCAUUGUAUCUGAUCAUCUCACGGGCGUAUUUUCUCCUGAGCGAGAGGGGGAGCCGUUGGCGAAUGCUUCGUGGCGCUG